GUUUGCGUUAGUAGCACAACUGCAAGAUGGCGGAGCUCGUCGUAAAGCAGAAUGGCGAUGCCUCUAGAAUAAAAUGAUUUUAUAAAUGUAUUUAAGUUAGUUAGAAAGUAAAGUGAAUCCUCAACAAUUUGAUACAAUUUUGCUCUCAGCAUUGGAGGAUGAUCAGUGCCUGCUAGACCCCAACAUUAAGCCGAAUGCAUUGUGAUUUCCAAUAAUUGAGACAGUGAUUCUGAAAGCUGUCUACAUUAAUGAAAAGAACAAUGUAGUCAGCUUAGCAUAUUCAACACCGGUCUAUACAGGGACGUCUCUGCAUGUGUUCUGAAACCAAUCUAGUGUAAACCAGCCUCCCAAGUCAGCCCGAUUAAGAAACAAUCUGCUUUUUGGUCGUAGCCUGUAGGUUCUAACUCAGAAAGAAAUGGAGAUAGAUGAUAUUUUACCCCCCCUCCCCUUGGAGCCACCUGCCCUCCCUGACGAGGAUAGAGCCCCUCCACCACCUCCCCUGCAAACGUCCAGUGACGCAGACGUAAUGGACGUUAGCUCUGGUGGUGAUGGAUACACACACACCCCAGCAGGGCCCGGGGAAGACAAAUGCCCUCAUCAACAACCACAUCAGCUGCAACUUCUGUCCAAAGGCUCUCUUACUUUUUGUAGCCAGCUCUCAGACGAGGCCAGCGCCAGCGGCAGCACAUGCCCCAGAACAGCUAGGCACGCGCCGCCGGUCACCAACUUCCUUCCCGACCUCAAGCUGCUCCGAGAUGUUAAGAUCAGGGUGAGCUUCACGGAGAGCAAUAACAACAACAGCAGCAGCACUAGCAGUAGUAACAGUACUAGCAAGGACAGGAAGGUGCUAUUCACAGGCCUGGAGACACCUGGCUCCUGCCCCAUGAAUGGUGAGUUGCAUGACUCAAGUGAGGCAAGUUUAGGGAAUGGGCGACAAGAUGAUGAAGCCGAGUUAGACCAGGAGAACAAGGUAGAGUUUGCGGUUCUCGACGAACUGGACGACUUCUGCGACAACUUCCUGGACCCGGACGAGCGUGAAGAUAUGGGCUUCACGUCUGAUGUCAUAGCUCAGCAGGACCGGGGCGAACAAGAGGCCCUGGGCUACUCCUACGAGGAGGAGUUUGACCAGGACGUGGAUGCUCUGCUGGAGGAGGGCCUGCCCGUGGCCAAGAAGAGGCGCCUAGCCGAGGACAAGUUUGCCGGGGACAGCGACCAUGCCUCGGACGGCGAGGAGGGCGGCGUCCAGCCCAUGAUGACCAAAAUCAAGACCGUGCUCAAGAGUCGGGGGCGACCUCCCACCGAGCCCCUUCCGGACGGGUGGAUCAUGACAUUCCACAACUCGGGCAUUCCAGUGUACCUGCACCGGGAGACCAGGGUGGUCACGUGGUCCCGGCCUUACUUCCUAGGCACUGGCAGCAUCCGGAAACACGACCCCCCGACCAGCAGCAUCCCCUGUCUGCACUACAAGAAGAUGAAAAUACAUGAGGAGAAGGAGCUCAAUGGCAAUGUGACGCACGAUGCAGAGGUGUCCCCCAUCGCAGAGGUGUCCCCCAUCGCAGAGGUGUCCCCCAACGAAAAGGUGUCCUCCAACGCAGAGGUGUCCUCCAACGCAGAGGUGUCCUCCAACGCAGAGGUGUCCUCCAACGCAGAGGUGUCCCCCGCCAUGACCACUGACGAGGCCACGGAUGACGCUGCUGUCGUCGUUAACAACGGGGCGGCGUCGAGGCUAUGGAGGAGCCGGAUUCAACAGCUCAGGAGGACUCGGCUCCGGAUCAGCAGCAGGAGGAGGAAGGAGAACAGGUCAAGGUUGUCCCCAUCGCCUUCCCACGCCCCAAGGGGUUCCCGAUGUUUUGAGGGAGGCCAGGGGGCCCUGGGGCAGGUCACGGCCAAGGUGGAGGUGUGCAAGGACGAGUCGAUAGGUCUGGAGGACUUCCGUUACCUGGGGAAGUGCUUCGACUUCGAGCAGGUGACCGUGAAGAAGUUCCGUACCUGGGCCGAGCGGCGACAGUUCAACCGGGACAUGAAGCGCAAGCAGGCAGAGUCGGAGAGGCCAUCCUCCCCGCCAACCAGGAAGUUAAUCACGCUGUCCGUACAGGACACGCCCACCAAGAAAGAGUUUGUGAUCAACCCCAAUGGUAAAUCGGAGGUCUGCAUUCUCCACGAGUACAUGCAGCGUGUCCUCAAGGUCCGACCCGUUUACAACUUCUUUGAAUGUGAGAACCCAAGUGAACCCUUCGGCGCGUCGGUCAUCAUCGAUGGAGUGACCUACGGCACCGGAACUGCAAGCAGUAAAAAACUUGCCAAGAAUAAAGCUGCUCGAGCCACACUGGAAAUCCUCAUCCCAGACUUUGUGAAACAGACCUCGGAGGAGAAGCCUGUCGAGGGGGAUGAGCUGGAGUAUUUUAAUCAUAUUAGUAUUGAAGACUCGCGGGUGUAUGAGCUGACCAACAAAGCAGGACUCCUCUCCCCGUAUCAGAUUCUACACGAGUGCCUCAACAGAAACCACGGGAUGGGGGACACCAGCAUCAAGUUUGAGGUGAUCCCCGGGAAGAACCAGAAGAGCGAGUAUGUGAUGACCUGUGGGAAGCACACCGUGCGUGGCUGGUGUAAGAACAAGCGUGUGGGCAAGCAGCUGGCGUCCCAGAAGAUCCUCCAGAUGCUGCACCCCCACGUGAAGAACUGGGGCUCCCUACUCCGCAUGUACGGCCGGGAGAGCAACAAGAUGGUGAAGAAGGAGAAUUCGGACAAGAGUGUGAUUGAGCUCCAGCAGUAUGCCAGAAAAAACAAGCCAAACCUUCACAUCCUCAACAAACUGCAAGAAGAAAUGACGAAGCUGGCCAAGGAGAGGGAGGAGACCAGGAAGAAGCCCAAGAUGACUAUCAUGGAGUCCGCCCAGCCAGGCAGCCAGCCCCUCUGCACGGUGGACGUCUAAGUCCAGCAAGCACUGAAGCCCGACACUGUAACACAAACAUCCACACAUACACACACCAUCCUUCACCGUCUUAGACCACGCCCCGGAGACACAAUGGCAAUACCGUAACGCACCUGAGUAGCCGCUCCGCUUGUACCCACCUGCCGUGUGUUUGUUAGUUUUUCGUUGGCUAUGUGGUCGCUGUGAAGGGUCACUUCCAGGGUCCUAGAGCAGGUGUCCUCUACCUCUCGAUGCACGGCACCAACAGCACUUGACAAAAACAUCAUGGGACACGAUGCAACGAUGUUGUGCGUCCUCCCCUCAACGGCACCAUUUUGUUUGUGGUUUUCCGAUCGGGAAGCCACGAUCUACCGUGUCUGGCUUGUUUGUUCUCCAGAUGUUUUGAAAGGGAUUGACACAUUACACACUUGUAUACUUCUACCACAUGUUUUUAAUAGGAAAAAAGUUAAUGAAGUGUUUGUUUGGUAUUUUUAUUCUUGGUGUUUAGUAUUUUAGGCCACUACGGAUGUUUCUUUGUUUUUGUUUUGUGUUGCUCUUCUGAAGGUAAGGCAGUGGGUUCCACCAUGAGAUUUCGUUUUGUGGCGUGACCUAUUCAACAAACUGCUUAUGCACUCUUGGCCUUUUCAAAGGGCGUCUAAACAUGCUGUUAAGACAACAAGUGCUGCAUUCAAACAGGAUGGGAGUAUUGAGUUUUUCUUUGUUACGAGACUUGUUGCCUUUUGGAAACAUAUCAGCAGAGAGCCGUUGACGCUGCUCCGUCAAGCUAGUGUCUUGCUCUUUACACUAGCAGUGCAGAAACCGAAGCACAGGGCCAAAAAGUACUGUAAGGGGAGAUGCACAUGGUGUGAGUUCAUUUUUGUUUUUCUUUAGGUGUUAGAUUUAAACAUGCUUAGCUUUUUAUGGCAAACAGCCAAUGCCGUGUAUUUUUGAACCAUUUAGCUCGAUGUGGUUGUUGCUUUGCGAACAUUUGUUUUUUGUGCCCCUGUUGAAUUAAGCUUCAUGUUGCCUUAGUUGACUCAUUUCAUGAAGGGCUCUGAAUGUGUAAAUUGGACCUAAAAAAUAAAGCAUUUAUUUAGCCAAUUUUAUUGGUGACGCCUAUAUUACAACAAAGAAUAGAAAUGCCUAAAGCAUGUGCAUAUUUUUGAUAGAUGGGUGGUCCAUCAUGCUCACAUCAAUCUGCCAUAGUCAUGUUGUGACUGUUGAUCACGUAUCUAGUCCGAUUUUCACGAUUUUUCUAAACAAUUAGAUAACUUACCUCCUACAGAAAUAAGUUUUACACAAAAUAAACGGUACAUACCAAAGCUUAAAUAGUCUCUUACAGAAACACUUAAUGUUGCAAACUAAAGAGUAUAUUACCAGUGGUUUGCAAAAACUGGAAAAACUGCUUUGUAUUUGUGUUUAAGUAGUUGGCUUGUGCAUUUAUUUUCUUGAAUGUUAAUGGCAUAGCGACAUUUCUUGAACAAGGCUUUGCUGGUAGGAGUAGAUGGCUUGAAUGUGUGUGCUUUCCUCCCUUCUGUUCUGUCUUGCCAAGUGUUUGUGGAAAGAAGUUUACACUUGUUGCGAUGGAGUUGUGCCUCCAGAUUGUCUGCUUGAUAUGUCGCUGCCUAAAUGAAGUAAUGAUUACAACUUGAGCGCUAUGACUAUAGGGGUAUUCGAUAUGCAAAUAAAUUGUCUUGACUAA